AUGACAAAUCGAGUGAGUGAUCACUGCAUGAAAGCCACCACGGACUGUUCUCCCUCCCGACGGCGUCCACGAUUUGCUAUGAAGCACAGCGCUACCUGCAACACCAUUGCUCCCUCGCCCAAGCGCCAGCAGCUAGCGAAGUCAUCGGUUGGUGUGAGCAAAUUCUCCAAACUAGGGUCGCCCUCAGCCGACAACCUGAGCACGGCCAACAAGACGCCUUACGAACUCCUUCUUGAACAGAUUCAGCGAACGCGAGACUCCGUGUCAUCAACUUCGACGUCUUGUGGCCGGACCCUCCACAGCAACCGCGCAACCGUCGGAAAGUAUACACUUCAUGAGGUCCUCGGAAAGGGAACCUUCUCCAAGGUCCAGUUGGCCACACAUCAGCUUACUAAAGGUACUGGCAAAUUCCUUUCAAUGUCUUCCUUUUAA